AUGCUCAGCGAACAGGAAGGAGGGGUUGAGAAGCACGUUCUCCUCCCCCUGCAGUCGGCGCCCAAGACACGGCCGGGUGCCUUUGCCCUCAACGCUGCACAGGCGCGCGCGGUUCCCCGGCUCUCAGCAAAGGGGGGCUCCACCAACCGCCGGGACCUCAACCCAGCUGGAGGGCCCACUCAGGUUACCAGGAAAGGCCAGGAGGCUUCCAGAAAAGCCAAAGCCCUGGAACAGUGGAAGGAGCUUCUCUGGCUCCUCGGGGACUCGGCAGCCUUGUACCGCAGCCUUCAGGAAGCCAAGUAUUCGCAACAGCUUCUCGCCCAAAGCAUCAUGCCCUAUACUGCCGGUACGCUCGAAACCUACUUGUCAGCCUGCAGACAGUUCAUUGAAUACCUGAUCCUCAACAGCCUGGAAGUCAGCUCGGUCUCCGUAGCCUGCCUUGGCGACCUCCUUUGGGCAUGCAACUCCAGCCUCGAAGAAGAUAGAGAAGUAUGCCGCACCGGACCCAAGCCAAUGAUCAAAGCCCUCUCAUGGCUAGCCAAAACCGCCGGCCUAGCCCAGCUUGCGGCUGUGCUGUCAGACCGCCUUAUCAGGACCUUUACGGCUCAGACCGACACGGACAGGCGAGAAGCCCUGCCUCUGCCACUUGCCGUGGUCGUCGCCUGGGAACGCCGCAUAUGCCAGGAGGAGUGUCCCACAGAGCUUUGCCUUUUGCUAGGGGGAUUCCUGCUAGCAUUGCACGGGGGCUUGCGAUUUGGGGAUCUUCAGCGCAUCAGCCUUAUAAGCCUUUGGGUGCUACCUUUCCUCAGAGCCGUCCAGACAACAUGGGAGCAGAUCUACGGCACCCACAACUGCCCCGACUUCAUUCUGCCCACCCUUCAUAACCUAAGGGGUUUCCCAGGAAAGCCAGUGGCAGCCUACCACCAGCCUAUGUCGUACAGCCAAGCGCUAGGGUGCCUUCGGUUCUUCAUGUGCCGCAAACAUCUGGAAGGCAACUCCCCGGAGCUGCUCACACCGGAAGAAGCCUCCGCCUUCACCAUGCACAGCCUCAAGGUUUGCCUGCUCAGCGCCGGGAGGCCGUCGCGCCCAAUUGCCAGGGGAGGACAGCACCCGACAGUGGAGCCGCCUUUUUCAGUCACCUCGUCACCGCCACCUAACGCCUUCCAGCUCUCAGCCCUCGGAAAGGGCCUAGACAGGUUCAUCUACUCACGUGAAGCCGAAUUGGAGCAGGUCACCGCGGAAAGUGCCGAUACUCAGCCGAUACCGAGCACUGAGCCAUCGGAGCAGAGGACACCCGGGGCCAGCAGCCUCCCUCCGACCAUACCCGCAGACGAUAUCGAGGCCUUGCUAGUGGAGAGUUUUGCGGCUUCACAAGCCGACUCAUUCGACUCGGAGGAACAAGCCACCCUGCCGACAGUGGAAGACAUAGUCAUCUUCCAAAGCGGACCAUGGGGAUCCGUGCACGCACAGCCGUUGGGAGCCGACAAAGACCUGGCAUUUGCCUACCCAGACCUUACUAGCUUUGACACCUUUCUGCAGAACCUCUCGGAGUCGGACCUCAGCGACAUGGGGGCCAAGGGCAAAGUGCUCUGCAAGCGUUACCAGAGGAAUCUCUGUUUCAGCCAUGGAGCAGCCUCACCCAACCGGGAGCUCACCGCAGCACCCGUCGCCAACAUCCCAAGCCACAGGCUCCACCUGCCUGCCCGCGACGCCAACGUCUGCGCCAUUGACCUAUCGCAAGAAGACGGCCAGGAACUGCCCGACCUUCUCCUUCAGGCGAUUUGGUCACGGGUGGUUCUAGGCCUCAUUGCAGACCUCAGCUCACUCGCCCCACACCUCGACGAAGCAUGCGCCUUUUUGCAAGCCAUCCGCUCCUCCGGAGCAUCCGCCUUGCUAUUUCUGCCGGCAGAUCAUUUCCUCUUCCAGGCGCCACCGUUCUGCGAAGCACUUCACGACGGGGGGCUCUUUCUAUGCCCGGAACCAGAUGCAGAGAGGAUUCUCAUAACCACAGCUCCCUUGCCCACGUGGCCUUGCGUCGACCCGGGUCUUGCAGCUCUGGAGGCAGCGGGAAGAUUUGCUGCCAUGCCACUCUCUACCACACCAGCUCAGCCUCCAACUCUAGCAUCCGCCCUACAAUGCCAUGGAGAACUGGCACACGACAGGGCCCCCAUCUGUGAUGGCGCUGGUAACACCAGCUCCGCGGACUGGAGCCGACCUCAGCCGAGCCCUGCAGCCAUGCAGGACAUUAUGCAAGCCUGGCUCAAAUGGGCAUCCCAACGCGACAUGCCCAAACGAGUCUUUGCACACCUCGCACAAAGCAAGCCAGAUCACCCCAUCCCAGAAGAAGACCAACUUGAGCUCAUUCGGAUAGCCUGCGAGGUCAUGGAAUGGGACUACGACUCCAUGACGCAAGCAGCCGAAGGACAGCCCUUUCGCCUUAAUCUUAUGCAAGCCUUUGCAGACCUCCUCAACGACCCAGACAAAGAUCUCCCAGCCAUGUUACGCGUGGGGGUACACACAGGAUUGGAGGUAUGUGAGGGGAACUGGAAGCCAGCCGAGGCAGACCCGGAUACAGUACGCAGCAAUUGCUCUAUCUCUCCUCGGAUGUGGCCAGCCUUUCUCCACAGCCUCGACUCCAGAGCCGUCAUCUGCCGGCUCAUACCAGGAGUCAACCUGCCGCUUAAGGCCCGGAUCAUCGAGGUCGGCAGUCGACCAGUGCACUGCAAGGCCGACCUCCCGCCACAGCCUAAGUCCUCGGGACCUACUUGGGUCCGUAUCUCGGACCCCACUUGCCCAGAGAUCGAGCUGACCAACACGGCCCAGGACAGCCUACGUUGGUUACUGCCACGCAUUGAAGCCAUCCCGACAACAAGCCUCUCACUUCCGCCCCUUGUCGCGUGCCUAGCCAGAGCUGACGCCAUGGCUGAAGGGGACAGAGUUGGCAUCGGGGGAUGGAUCACCACCAAACACAGCAUGGCCUGGUUUGCCGAAGCCUGGACCAUGGACGAGGUGAGGAGCACAUGGCCUUUUCUCACCAAGGAUGCCCAGAAAUACAUUGCCUGCUUCGAGACGCUAGCUCAGCUUGCACUUGCCAUGACAGCCCGAGAACGCCACGCCUUCUCGCAGUUUUCGGUCUGCUUGCCAUCGCAGAGCGACAACACGCCGUCAGAGGCGGGCAUCAACAAGCUUUUCACAACCAGCUGGCCCCUCUCACAGUUCCUACAGCUGAUAGCUUCGUGGUCAUCCUGCCAUGGCGUUGACCUACAGGUUUCUCACGUUGCAGGAGCACACAACCAAUGGGCGGACGACCUCAGCCGAGGUCGGCUUCAAGCCUUCAGCCACAGACCUCAAGAACGAGUGCGGGUCAGCCUUUACCGACUUGCAUCUGCGGCCUCCCAGGCCACCUGGUCAGGACCCCCAGACACAACAAGCCCUCUGUUGCCUAGACCAGAGUGA